AUGAAAGGAGGAAGCUCGAAAGCUGCUUCGAGGAAGGCCGACAACAGGUUGUCUGUGAAGAAGCAGACAAAGAAAGAAAAGCAAGCAGCAAAAGAUCCAAACAAGCCAAAAAGGCCCCAAAGUGCUUUCUUCGUUUUCAUGGAGGGCUUUAGGAAGCAAUACAAGGAAAAACACCCCAAAAACAAAUCAGUUUCCGUGGUCGGUAAAGCUGGUGGUGAGAAGUGGAAGUCUAUGAGUGACGAGGAAAAAGCCCAGUUUGUGGAGGUGGCAAACAAGAGGAAGAAGGAAUACGAACGACAGAUGGAAGUUUACAACAGAAAACUGGCUGGAGAAGGUGGUGACGAUGAUGAAUCGGACAAAUCAAAGUCGGAGGUUCAUGACGAAGGAGAUGAUGAAGGUGGCAGUGAGGAGGAGGAAGAAGAUGAUGACUAG